GCAGCUGCGGCGGCGGCAACAAGUGCGGGAGGCCAGCCCGAGCCCAGCCCGCCGCCGACCCGCCGAGCCGUUCCGCCAGGCGCGGCGCAUGGAGCGUGAGCGGUGCCAGUCGCCGGGCUGAGCCGCGCGGAGCGGCUGGGACGUGGAUGCGGCCGCAGUCUCCCGUCCCCGCCCCGCCGUGCUGGAGCUGCUCCUCGACAAGAUAUGAGAAAUGAGUGUUGGACGUCGAAGAAUAAAGUUGUUGGGUAUCCUGAUGAUGGCAAAUGUCUUCAUUUAUUUGAUUGUGGAAGUCUCCAAAAGCAGUAGCCAAGAAAAAAAUGGAAAAGGGGAAGUAAUAGUACCCAAAGAAAAGUUCUGGAAAGUCUCUAGUCCUCCACAGGCAUACUGGAACAGAGAACAAGAAAAGCUGAACAAGCGGUACAAUCCCAUUUUGAGCAUGCUGGCCAAUCAGACAGGGGAUGGCUGUGGGCCUUCAAAUAUAAGCCAUCUAAAUUACUGUGAACCUGACCUGAGGGUCCCCUCACUUAUAACGGAUUUUGACAAUUUACCAGACAGAUUUAAAGACUUUCUGCUAUAUUUGAGAUGUCGAAAUUAUUCACUGAUUAUAGAUCAACCAAACAAAUGUGCAAAGAAACCCUUCUUAUUGCUGGCAAUUAAGUCCCUCACUCCACAUUUUGCCAGAAGGCAAGCAAUUCGGGAAUCCUGGGGCAGAGAAACCAAUGUGGGGAAUCAGACUGUGGUGCGCGUCUUCUUGCUGGGCCAGACCCCCCCAGAGGACAACCAUCCAGACCUUUCAGAUAUGCUGAAAUUCGAGAGUGAGAAGCACCAGGACAUUCUUAUAUGGAACUACAGGGACACUUCCUUCAACUUAUCUCUGAAGGAAGUGCUGUUUCUCAGGUGGGUGAGCACUUCCUGCCCAGAUGCGGAGUUUGUUUUCAAGGGCGAUGAUGAUGUUUUUGUGAAUACCCAUCACAUCCUAAAUUACUUGAAUAGCUUAUCCAAGAGCAAAGCUGAAGAUUUGUUUAUAGGUGAUGUGAUCCACAAUGCUGGGCCCCACCGGGAUAAGAAACUGAAGUACUACAUCCCAGAAGUUGUUUAUUCUGGGGUGUACCCACCUUACGCAGGGGGUGGUGGCUUCCUCUACUCCGGCCACUUGGCUCUGAGGCUGUACAGUGUCACUGACCGGGUCCAUCUUUACCCCAUCGAUGAUGUUUAUACUGGAAUGUGCCUUCAGAAACUCGGCCUUGUUCCAGAAAAACACAAAGGCUUUAGGACAUUUGAUAUCGAAGAGAAAAACAGGAAUAACAUUUGUUCCUACAUAGAUUUGAUGUUAGUGCAUAGUAGAAAACCUCAAGAGAUGAUUGAUAUUUGGUUGAGGUUGCAAAGUGCUCAUUUAAAAUGCUAAAAUAUAUACAAGCUAAAUUUUGCAUAGAAAGGCCUAUGUGGACUAGUUUCCAUAUUGUAUUUUCACAUUAGGUAAUUUGUAUGUUAAACCAUCAGAAUUGCCUUUAUAAGUAGUAUCCAUUUGAAGGCCUCCGAGCCCUUCAAUUUGGUACUUUUGUGAUGAGGGAAAGCAGAUGACAAUUUUUAUGGAGGAUAUGGCAGGAGAUUGAUUCUAAUCUUUUCUACGGGCCUAGUGGUCAUUAUUUUCUAAUUUGUGCUCUAUUCUCAUCUGAAUCAUGUUUCUACAAUUUGACUAUUUAAGGUUUUUUUUGUUUGUUCUAUGUGAGAAUGUUCCUACUUCCAUUAUAGUAAUUGAUUUAUCUGUAAUUCAAGGUUUUAUGAAUUUAUCAGCUACCAACAAUUUUUUUGUUCAUGACUUGGUUUUUGUGAAAUGGAAUUACAUUGUUUUUAUGAGAUGUGGAUACAUUUUAAAACUUGUUUAGAAAAUGGACUUCUGCCACCCUGUCAGUAUUUUGUUGUGUUACUAUAAUUAGUUAAUUCUAUAAAAUAAUUAUUACUGUAAGACAUAUCAAGUUUGUCUUGUGGUUUAUGGUCAUGAAAAGCAGUUAAAUUUUUCUUAUAGAUGGUGUCACAAUAGUUACAUAAUUUUAGUAUUUUGAAAUUAAGAAGUGUGAUUCCAUAUUGGCCAACCGAGGACUGCAUCUCCUCUGACAACCGUUCAUAUAAAUUUAUAAAUUUUCAAGUGUGUGUCAGGAAAGUGUAUCUUACUUUCGAACUUGAAGUGCAAAAAUGGAAGUUGCAGAUGCUUUAAGUGGUUUGUCAAUUUAAAACUCCAGGAUUCUAUUCUUGCCAUAUUUUCAUGUUGCUUAUACAAAACUAUUCUAGGUAGUGAUCGCUUCCCUGUCGCAGUGUAGAAGUGCCUGUGUUUUUAUUUAUUGUUCAGAUCAAAGACCAAAACAUUUUCUUAAAUAUAUUUUGUGUAAUAUUUUAUUUGUAUACAGUGUUGUUGAUGGAAUAUUUAACUAGAGCAUGAUAUUUUAAAUGCUAAGAUGUAACAUAUGUUAAAUAAAGCUAAUGGUUAUUUUUGAAUUUUAAAAUUUGUUUUUUGGUUGUAUGAAGUAGUUGAUAAAUUCUGCCAAACUAUUGCUUAUAUGUACUAUCAUGUAACAUGCUUUCUUGAAAUAUUUUUUGUGUUUUUAGAGAUGAAGAUUCCUAUCAAAUACAAUAUUGGGGAAAGUAAAAAGUGAAAAUAAAGUAAUUGUAUUUUUAA